CGAAGUUGCUGAUGGAUGCAUGGAGGCCGCAGGUCCGAGCGAUGGUGUUCGUUUGCUGCCUGCGAAGGAAGUCUUUUAUUUUUUGCUUUGUUUGUCAUUUCAGUAAUGUUUAUUUCAGUUUUGCUAUUUGUUUUUGUUUUGGUAUUCCUGAUUGUAAGACAUUGGUUUUGGAUAUGGGGGAUGAGAGGAAUGUGGUGACCGUUUUUGGCUUUAGGUUUCCCAUUUAUGGAUCAACGAAUUAUAUUGCUUCUUUGGAGGUGAUUAAUAUCGAGUCUGGUUCGCGGAAUAACGGUUAUCAACUUUCUUUUUGUCGUUUGACCCGUACUCUGAAUUAUCUGUUAUCAAUAUAAGCCGAAUUCUUCCAAAAAAAUCCUUUUUAUUACAUCUUUUUAGGUAUAUUCAUCUCUUUUUAUAUUAUCUUUUUUUAAUAAUAGUUUAUCUUUAUUUUCUUUCGUUUCCAUUUGGUGGUGAUAUCAUGUUUACCGACUCCAAUAUCUUUUGGGACUAAGACUUGGAUGUUAUUGUUGUUGUAUAUUAUACCAUUAUUAUUGCGUUUAAUUGUAUUAAUCAUGGUAUAAAGGCGAUGAUACCGUAUCUGAUUGAUGAUUCAUUUAAUUUCAAACGAGAAAUGGAGAGGAUCAGACCCAUUUAAUUUCAAACGAGAAAUGGAGAGGAUCAUAGGCAUGGUUCCGAAAUCAAUCCUCAUUCCCUAUCGUCUUUAAUUAGAAAGAACCCGUUAUUUUAUCUGCUUUCGCAUUAGUUAAAUUUCCAAAAGGUGACGACUUCGAUACCCAUUUAAAAAAUGGGGUUCCGUACCUACCAUGCAUUUGAUUGGGCCAAAU